AUGAGCGACUCAUUAUUAAGAGAUUAUGUUCUUCUCUCCUCAGAUGUAUCAUUAGGAAACAAGCCAAGCUGCACAAAGUACAGAAUAUUUUUGACUGUUCUACUGGUUAUUAAUACGAUCACCUUCGCAUUGAUCACAGGAUGGACUCAUAAAUUUGUCAAAGUGUUCAGACUGAAGAAGAAAAUGCAGCUAAUUUUUCUUGUUCUUGUGUGACUCUCAGCUCUGGGAAGAAUUUUCUUCUUCGGGAUUGAGCUAGCGUACAGAAAAGGCACCUGAAUUGAGCCUCCUCCGAUCUGAAUUGAAGGAACGAUCCAUUGGCUGAAUGCAGCAAUGCUAACAUCAGCAAUUAUCUCAAAUAUAUUUAAUUGGUUAUACCAAACCUUGCGUUUGGAGAAAAUGGAAACUGGCUCAAAGAAAGACCAAAGAGGAUACCAUAUCGCCUUAAUAGUGAGCCUGGUAUUUGAGUUGAUAGUGUACCUCAGUUUGACAUUGCUAGCAUGAACUAUUAACAAUCUGGAUAAAACAGUGUUCAUAGUAUUUGGAGGUAUUUACUCAUCCACUUUCCUGAUAGUUGGUGCCGUUUUCGCUAUAGCCGGCAUUAUUUUCUACACUAAAUUUAAGAGAAUUUCACCAGAAAAUGCUAAAAGAAUUAAACUUAGAGUAAUCAUAAGUAUUUUUAUCAUUUUCACCUCAUUUCUCAUCAGAGGAGCAACCAACUUAAUUGUAGUAAUUCUGGAAGGAGAUGAAACAAUGAGAUUACAAUGGCUGGAAAAAGAGUCAAUAGGUGUCGCUAUUGGCCUCUCAAUCUAUUUCAUAGUAGUGGAUAUAAUCCCUUCAGUUUACUUAUCAUAUUCGAUUAAAGUAAUCACUGAUGACUACCGGCACAGGUAUCUCUCUCAAAGCUCAAAAAUUGGGAAUUCCUACAAUAACAGAUUAUCUUUUGGGGAACAAUCUAUUAAUGAUAAUAACUAUGAGCAGAGCAGGUCUUAUGAGACAUCAAGUGAGACUCUUGCCCGAUCCAGGAAGCAAAUCAAUGAAGAGAGAGGAAACCUCUCGGUCAACGAUGUCAUUUAUUUUCAAUAAUAUUU